AUGCUUCCACAAAACAUGCUGCUUCGACAAACGUCAGGCGUAUUUCCAUUGCGUGCUCGAAGAAGAUUGUUAGGUCUUUAUUCGCAGCGAAGGCACAUUCGACAACCGAGCAAGCCAAUACACCCGUCGGAACACUUUGAUCUCCAUGGCAAGGUCUUUGCUGUGACCGGGGGCGGACGCGGACUGGGCCUGGCAAUGGCAGAGGCCUUGCUCGCAGCAGGAGGAGAAGUUCAUUGCUUGGACAAAUUACCCGAACCAGCAGAAGAAUUCCAAGCGGCGCAAGCACGCCAAGAUGAACCCUCAAAACAAAACCUCCAGUACUGGCAACUCGACGUCUGCGACACAAAAGCCUUAGACGAAGCAAUGGCCAGCAUCUCCGGCAAAAGAAAACGCCUCGACGGAGUCAUCGCCGCUGCAGGAGUGAACCAUCUCGGUAAUGCCACCGACCAUACGGAACAAGACAUCAACCGAGUCAUGCGAAUCAACUACAUCGGCGCAUUCCACACGGCGACCGCAGCCGCGAACUAUAUGAGACUGCACAACAGCCUUGGAUCGAUCCUCCUGGUCGCCAGUAUGAGCGGGCUGAUCGCGAAUAAAGGCAUGGUGUCGCCUGUUUACAAUUCAUCCAAAGCAGCCGUCAUUCAAUUGGCGAGGAGCUUGGCGAUGGAAUGGGGGAAUCCGGACGGACAAAUGCGCUCGCCUAUUCGGGUGAACUCUCUUUGUCCGGGUCACAUCGCUACGCCGAUGGCUCAGAUGGUGAUGGACAAGUCGCCGGAGACGCGGAAAGUGUGGGAGUCGGAGAAUAUGCUUGGGCGGCUGGCGCAACCUUGCGAAUUUGCUGGCCCGGCUAUUUUCCUCUUAAGUGACGCCAGUAGCUUUGUGACUGGGAGCACCGUCGUGAUUGAUGGCGGUCAUACCGCGUGGUGA